AUGCAGAUUGGUAUUGAAAAAGAGUGCUAUCGCAACCAAUUUUGCUAAUGAUAAAGUCUUGAUUUUUCGUGACAAUUUGUAUUUGGUUGUUACAAUUCAAAAUAUUGGUUGAGAAUUCUAGGCUAUUGGUCGCCACUAAUACUGAUGACAACAAAUUCAAGUGAUUUUUAGUAACCAAUUAUUUUUGGAUGCAAAAUAAAAUUUAUUAAAGUGUUAAAAGUGGCCAUCCAAUUUGGUUGGGAAAAUGACUGACAAUUAUAUUGGUUAUCAUAUUUUAACACAAUUAUGAAAUUUGGUUGUGAAUAAUACAUAUUCCAACCAAUUAUAUCAUUUUAGACAACUAUUUGUUUUUGUUAUAAAAGUUUAACACAACAAUGUAAUUUGGUCGUGAAAAACACGUACCACGACCAAUUAAAUCAAUUUUAGAAACUAAUAAUUUUAGUUACACAAGGUUAACACCACCAUAAAGUUUGAUCGUGAUAAAUAAAUAUGCCGACUGAUAAUCGGCUUUAAUAUAUCGGAUUCUUGAACUUUAUGUGACUAUACCAUGAUAUAUUAAAGCCAAUUGGUGCUAUUUUAGGGCUCGCUAACCCGGGAAUGGUUGAAAAACCAUUACUGCCUAGUGCCAUGAGUUUGAUAUGUUACAGGUGGAGAAAGCACGAACAAAAAAAAAACGAGUCCACAAGCAAUCAAUGGGGCUCGAAUCACUAGUGGAAUACUCACUUGGGCUAGGAGGAGCAGUGAGCCUAAAUGGGCCGGAAGUGGUAUUGUGGGAGGAUGCUGGAGGAUUUGGGCGGAGGAAUUGUUGGGCGGAAGGCCCAACUAAAUUGGACACAAGGCUGGCGGCCUUGAGGAAAAAGAGAGGACGCAAGGAUUUUUUGGGGCCAGAGAUUAUUAGAGGAGGGGGCUGGGAAUUAUAGGGGGACUAUUAUUUGGUGGCUCUUUUUUUUGGACGGGAAAAAAAUUCUCUAGAGGCGAAAUUCUGGGACGCAAGAGAAUUUCUUUUGGGGAAGGAAAAGGCAGAGGGCGCAGCGGAAGUUUGGGGGCGCGCGGAGCAAGCAACAGUUGAUUGAAGCGGGAAGGAAUUGGUACCAGGAUUACGAUCGAGAAUCUUAGUAUUUUUCCUUUAGCUUUAAUUGAUACGAUGAUGAUUAUAAACAUAAUUGUGUGCUUUACUUUCGUCAUGAACUAAACCCCAAUUUCUGGGGGAAACACCAUAUGAUGUAGCUAUUUCUAUAUUUGAUGGAUUGAUUCAUAUAUCUGUUCUUCCAAUCUCUAUUGCAUGAAAUUACUUUGCUUUGUGUUGACUGGCCACCAAUACAUUGAUUUGUUGUUAAUUAGGUUAUUAGCGACAGUAAAACCCUAAUAACUGAACAUAGUUCAUGUGACAUAGUAACUUAUCGAAGCGACAGUGGAUUAAAUAAGGUGCUAUGCAGGUUUAAAUAGGAUAUCGAUCUUCAGGCUAAAUAAUUAAGUCAUUGAGUUACGACAGUAGGAUUUCAUUUAAUUGUUUAGUACGUAGUAAUUCCCGACAGGAGUAGCUAGCACAGUAGUGAUAUCCUAGCUGUAGAGAGUUGGAUUAAAUUGAUUGGAAUAUGUGAAUUAAUCUGGAUAGGAUAGGUAGUGAGUCCCGGUGUUUCUCCCAGAGCUUUCUCCUUUGAAUUUCGCCCGACAGUUUUCAUUUAGUUAAUUUGUUUAUUUUAUUUUGCUUUUAGAAAUUAGUCUCAUUAAACUAUUUUCACUUAUAGUUUGCUCAUAAAUUUGAUUGAAUAUAAGGUUGUACCAGUCCCUGAGAGACGAUACCCGGACUUUCCGGUUAACUACGAGAUAGGAAAUUGGCAUAUACGCUUUUGCCCUAUCAAGUUUUUGGCGCCGUUGCCGGGGACUGCCAUACCUUAUUUUUAUUGAUUUUUGUGAGUGAACUAUUUUGAUCUGGGUGUUAGUGUGCAGGAGAAUUUUCAGGUUUAUCCUCCUUGUGCAAGCAUAGGAGGACGACCGGCGAUUUACUGCCACUAGAUCCGGAGAUCGGGAAGACCUGCCGACAGAAUAGGAAGCAGGUCAAGUUAGGGAAGUAGCCAACCACAACUCCUAGGACUUCCCUAACCCAUAAUCGUCAACAGAGAGGGCAGGCUUCAUCACCUGUCAUCCCUACACCACCGACACCACCACCGCGCGACAUCGAUCUUGUCACCAUGGCAGACCAGGAUCGUUCGAUCAGGGCUCGCUUGAAUCGAAGGACUGGAGCCCGAGCUUCAUGUGUUGUCAUUCCGGCUGGGGAUGCAACCAUGGAGAUUACCCCAACAUUCAUUAAUAUGAUCACCAAUUGGUAUACUUUCUCAGGCGCUAGCACUGAGGAUCCUCACGAGCAUCUUCGCCGGUUUGCGAGCAUAUGUGAUACGAUGAAAAGCCCCACAGUAUCUGAUGAUGCAAUCCGCCUUCGUAUGUUCUCAUUCUCUUUGUUAGGGAAUUCAUCACACUGGUUUCAGAACAUAACACCUCGAUCGAUCACGACAUGGGCUCAGCUUGAGAAGGUCUUUCUAGAUAAGUACUUCCCACCUACCUUGGCAAUGAAGAGGCAAGAGAAAAUUGUUACUAUUAAGAAGGCUGAUGAUGAGAGUCUAACUGAGGCAUGGGAGCGCUAUAAGGGGCUAUUGAUGAGAUGCCCAAGCCAUGGUCUUGAAGAUUGGAACGUGAUCAUUAUUUUCUUCAAUGGAAUCAAAAGGGAGUUCCGAGAUGCCUUGAAUAAUGCUUCUCGAAAUGGUUUCACAAGCAUCGAGGCACCAGCAGCAUAUGAUAUGGUAGAGAAGAUCUGUUCAGAAGCCACUGAAUGGGGGUAGUGAGACCAGUAUUCGAAGAAGAGGAGGCUUGCAUGAGAUAAACAGAGUUGCGAGUC